UUUUUUUUUCAUUACUUUAUACACGAUAUCUCAAUGUCAAGAUCAACUUUACAUUCACGAAUUCUUUACAAAUUGGCAAAUACAAUGCCUAAUAUUCGACAUAAUGACAUUGGACAAGAUAUAAUGCAUUUUUUAUCCAAAUGUCCUUCAUUACCACAAGAGACUCCUCUUCUCAAUUGUACAACUAUAUUUACACGAAAACAUAGACAAUCUUUUAACAAUAUUGGACGCAUGACUAGAAGAACUCAAGAAGCUUUAGGUGCUUUUAUCAAUUAUCUUAUGGAUGCUCCUCAAUAUUAUCAAAUACAAGAAUUACCUAAAUUAGUGAAUUAUUUACGAUAUCUUCAAUUAUAUGAUUGGGAUUAUCAUGAUAUUCAUGAAGGACUUAUAUUACCAGAAAUUGUGACAUAUCAACUAUAUUCCGGUCUACUUUAUCUUGCUGAUGUCCUUUUAGAUUCUCAAACCCUGAUUAUGAAUAUACUUUUAUCUUAUACGAAGUCUAUAUUGGAUGAAAUCAAUAACAAUGAUUCAGUUGGUUAUAUUAUAUGCUUUGCUUUACCAUCAUUGGUCGGCAUUUAUCGAGCUCUACAACUUUCACCUUACAGAUACACUUCAUCACAAUUGGAAUUUAUCUAUGAACAUGUACAACUAUCAAGUAACCAAGCAACCAUUGAUAUCAUUCGAACUGCCAUUACACAAUGUCUCGAAACUGAUGAUCAACAAUCUCCUAAUCGACAAACUUUGAUUACUUAUUGGGAAAAGGACGAACCUAUGACUUUUAAUCGAACUGUUUAUGAUAUCCUAGUCAUCAUCCGUAAUGUAUUGGCACGUAAUAUGGCAUCAUUACUCACUAGCAAUAACGACGACAAUAACAACAAUAACAACAACAUGGAUAAUAAUAAUAAUAGUAAUAGGCGUUCUCCUUCAACAUUUAUACCAAUAUAUCCUGAUUGUUGUGGACGGAAACCUCAUUUAACUCAAGAUAUUGAAUAUGAAUGGACACUUUUAUUAAACAAAGCAAUCAAUGUGGAUCAUUCAACUGAUAAACGACUGGAAGAAGAACAAGAUAGGAAAGGUGCUUUGAAUGAAAAGAAUCUAAGGAAACUAUAUGCAACUUCGAUGAGUUAUUAUCAGGAUGUUCGUAUGAAUAUGGAUACUAAAGAGUCCAAUGGGAACAAAACCAAGAUGAAAACUCCUUAUAUGUUGGAAAUCAUGGGUACAAGUAUACAAGUUGCGACGUUGGUAUCUAUUGCCUUACAUUUACCAGAUGAUGCUUUGGUUGGUCAUAUUGCUGAUUGUCUAUUCUCUGAUUCUCGUUAUGUCGAUACUUGGAUAUAUGUCUCUGCGUUGGAUUCUGCUGUAUUACUGGCCAUCAACUUCCCACAAUUCAAUACUCGUAUAACACAAAUCAUUUGUCAGUUUCUUGCCACUCCUUCCAACAUGUUUGAUACAGAAACAAAAUUAGAUGGUGAUAAGGCGAGCCUUAGAAAGUUCGCUGUGGUUCGGCUAGCCCUAUGUGUACAGAAAAAGGAAUUAUCAUCAACCCAAGUACCUCAAGCUGCAAUAUCAAUUCUUUAUUCAUUAUUGAAUGAAAUCACUCAUUACAGUCAAGAUGAAGGUGGCAACAUAUCCUUGGAAACUACAAUCAAUAGACGGCGAUUCCAUGGUGUAUCUUUGGUAGAUAUUUUAGAUGAGAAACAAAGACGACAAGUAUGUACCAAUGUACUGUCAGCGAUCAUUGGUGUGGCUGUUUAUCUCAAGGAUGAAUCUAUUAUCUCUCAAGCACUUCCAAUGUUAUUAUUAGAAAGAAGAUCAUUCUCUUUGGUAGCAGCAACAUCAGUCUUAUCAAGCUUAGGAGAUUUGGCACUGGUGGCUUCUUCAAGUGUUUUUGAAGAUAUUUUGGGUGUUCUUUCCAUGUACAGCCGGGAAUAUUUGCAAUCUGAUAAUAAAACAAUGUGGACUGAUAUUGUAACAACUCAAACCACUCUGGCGAAACGAAUAUAUCUACGACCGGAUCUACAACAAAUAUAUCUUACUAAUAUCUUAUCACUCUUCUUGGAACAUGGGAGCAAAAUACAACAAUUGGAAUCCAAUGGUAUGCCUGCAACAAGAUCAUCAGAUGUACCUUUGACUACGAAAUUGGGUACGCUGUUGCCUAUAUUGGAAGAAUUAUUGAAGCACGAUGAUUUCAAUCCUCAAGAUGGUCCUAUCACUGAAAGUUUAGUUUCUUUAUACCGAAAUUUUUGGAUUCUAUGUGUUUUGUUUGGAUUUGUCAAUAAUACAAUGUGGAUUCGACAAUGGCAUACUGCAUUGAUGGUGAUUGCUCAAAAGUCUCCUCUUCUGGUAACAGAGAGUGCCAAGGAUUACUGGGAAGCCGAUCUUGAAAACAACUCGAUUCUUCGUGGACAUGUGAUGGAACAACAAGUCAUGAUGGGACGCUUGCGACAAGAAUUGAUCAAUAUCUUACCUUCCUAUUCAAGCCAAAUCAAAGGGUUUUCAUUUGCUCAGGUGGUUCUUCUCCUUGGUGUUUAUCAUACGGAAACAAGACGUAGUCAAAUGGGAAAUGCAGGUUAUAUCCUUGGCUACUUUAUGAAUGAAACAGUGGGUCAUGGUGCUUUGACAGGAUGUUUGGAAGGCAUAUUGGAUUCUGUAUUGAUGCAUUAUACCACUACAUUGAAGACAAAAGCGGCUGAACAAACACUUGGCAUGGAUGUCAACAAACAACUCGUGGUUACCUUGCCACUUUUAUGUCAUCGUCUUGACAAAGUGCAUACGUUAGCUUGUCAAGUAGUUGAUCGAAUUGUACAUGCGCUUCCUCAAGUUUUUGCUGAUAAAUCGUUGAUUAUUUUAUUACUGGAACUUGUACAAUUGUUAUGGCUAAGUUGUGCAGCAGAAUUUAGAAAUGAGUACAAGCCUGUUUAUCAAUUCACAUCCAAGCUUGCCAAGGUGACUAUUGAACUUGUUGAUUCUUUCUCUUAUCGAAGAAAACUAUGCACUCAACUAUGUGAUUACGCAACUCGAUGGCUAUCCCUGUCUAUGGAAUGUUGUCCUUUGGAAAUCAAUGGACUAUUACAAGAUUAUCUCUCUCAGUUCCAUGACUUUGAUGAUGAUGAUACUAUGGCGGUCGGUACUACUCAUAUGGGUCGGACUAUUGCUUUACAAAUAGGGAAAACAACAUCCAAAGAUCAAAUAUCAAGUGAAUUUGUUCCUCAAAUACCUGGCAUCCAUCUAGAUGAUUCUUCCAAUUUUGCAUAUGGGUUUACCUCAAGAACUUACUACACUGGUAAAGUAGCUGGUAUUGAUCACAGUAGUAGAGGACAAUACGACAAUCAUCCAUCAAAUCAAGCUGAUUUCUUGACUUGUACAUUGAAAACCUUACUGGACGAUAUCAAGGCUAAACGACAAGUACGUAAUGACAGAAUACAUCGGCUCUUACUUUGCACCGCAUCUUUUAUCAUUUCUCAGGAAAACACACAUCUGGAUAUGGUCAAUUAUAUCGUCCAGAUUCCAGUUUAUGCCUUUACACCAGAAUCCCUUCGUAGUGGCACUAAUGUAUGGAAUUGGAUCAUGAUUGAACGACCUGAUAUAGAGGAACGACUUAUGAUUGAAGUAUUGCGAAUGUGGACCUGGGCUCAACGACAUCGUCGAGGUUUAUUCUCACCAAUACUCAACUUCACUAGUCCGUUUACGCAAAAAAUGACAUAUCAACCAUCCGAUACAACAGACAUGGAUAUGAAACACAAAAAGGCCAUUAUUUUAUUCACUCCACAUGAAAUUUGGUUGAGAUUUAUCAUCAGUCAUUUCUUCUCCAUUCGACACAAGAGCAGACAUCUGGUCACUGUAUCCAUUCUUUUAUUACAAGAAUCAUUUCAAAAUGCUCAUCUUAUGAGUACUCAUCCAAUGUCAAGAUCAGCAAGAUUUCAACUUUUAUACUUGGGUAUGCAAAUACUAUGUUCGGUACGCUUAGAAUCCUUGGCAGAAUGUAAAAUUCGAUCUCUUAUCUAUGAUACUGCUUUCAAUUGGUUCGGAUUGCCUCCUAGCUGUCGGUAUGGAACAUGGAAAUCAACUGCAUUGUUAGAGAAAAAUUUCAUGAUCGAUCUAUACAAGUUGAUAGAAAAUGAUACACCCAAACUCAAUCAUACAUUAUCAAGUUCUACUUCCUUCAACCCAAACUCAAGUGUAUCAUCUGGGUUACAUUUGAUAUGCAAAGGCAAAACAAGGGAUGAUAUUUUACGUGAUCACCAGUCAUCAAAAAAAUUGCUUCUUCUUCUUCUCGAAAAUGAAAUUUACAGUUGUACUGUUUGGUAUAAUCCUCUCAAUGAUGCUUCUUCUAUCUUUGGUCUGGAUGUUUUUCCACGUACAAUUGAAAAAUCCCUGAAUACUGACGAUGCAUGGAAGGAUAUGAUUCGAUUUGCUUGGAUGAAACAACCUCGUAUGGCUGUACAAUUGGCAAGUCGCUUCAAGUCUCCUUCUAUCUUGGUUGAAUUGAAGAGAUUGAUUGCAAACAAUGCUCUUGAUGUGGUGGAUUCUCCCGAAGCCUUGACAAUAUUACUUGGUGAUGGAAUACAAACAGAUGUUCGCUUAGAUUUAAGAUAUUUGAAAUAUUGGGCACCAGUACCGGCGAUAACAGCAACCAAUUAUUUCUUACCAUCUUAUGGCAACCAGCCGAUGAUCCUGCAAUAUGCGAUGCGGAGCUUGGAACACUAUUCUGUUGACAUUGUGUUUUUCUACAUACCCCAACUUGUACAAACUAUUCGUCAUGAUGAUUUUGGUUAUGUAGAACGUUAUAUUAUGAAGGCAGGUCAAGUAUCACAGUUGUUUGCUCAUCAAAUCAUAUGGAAUAUGAAAGCCAAUUUUUAUUUGGAUGCUGAUAAGGGAUGUGAAAAACCUGAUCCUAUGAAACCAACGCUUGAACGCAUUAUCUAUAAUCUGGUCAGUUCCUUUGCUGAUGAAGAUCGACAAUUCUAUGAACGGGAAUUCAAGUUUUUUGGUGAUAUUACUGCCAUUUCUGGUUACUUAAAGGAAUAUAUAAAGUUGGGUCAAAAUGAAAAAAAACCAAUGCAGAAGAAACGAUUGGAUGAAGAACUUGAAAAGGUCAAGGUGGAUGUUGGUGUUUAUCUUCCUAGCAAUCCAGAUGGUUGUGUCGUCGAUAUUAGUAGAACAUCUGGCAAACCUUUACAAAGUCACGCCAAGGCACCUUUUAUGGCAACAUUUUUGAUCGAGAAAGAAAAGAAUGAUCAAGAUUCGACUUCUGAUAGUAAAAUACUGGCAACAUCCAAGAAAUUACCAUUGACGAAUGAUACUAUUGAAACUAACAACAAUGAUGAUAACAAUGAUAAUGUUGAUGACAAGAAUGUUAAUAUUGGGAAUAACAGUAAUAAUAAUAAUAAUAAUGAUGAUGAUGAUGAUGCAAGUCGUACAACAUUUCGUAUAUGGCAAGGUGCUAUUUUCAAGGUGGGUGAUGAUUGUCGACAAGAUGUAUUGGUGCUUCAAUUGAUUGCAGUAUUCAAGAAAAUCUUUCUCAGUGUGGGACUUGAUCUUUAUGUCUAUCCUUACCGUGUUGUGGCGACUGGACCUGGCUUGGGUGUCAUUGAUGUAUUGCCUCAAUCCAUAUCUCGAGAUCAAUUAGGAAGAGAAAAAGUAAAUAGUAUUUAUGAUUAUUUUGUGGCGAAAUAUGGAGGACCCAACUCGGUACAUUUUCAACGUGCUCGUAUGAACUUUGUCCAAAGUUUAGCAGCUUAUUCGGUGAUCUCUUAUCUCUUACAAAUCAAAGAUAGACACAAUGGCAAUAUUAUGUUGGAUGAUAAAGGACAUUUAAUCCAUAUUGAUUUUGGAUUUAUUUUUGAUAUUGCACCUGGUGGUGGUAUUUUGGAAAGUUCACCAUUUAAACUUACAACGGAAAUGAUACAAGUGAUGGGAGGUCAUUCUGAACAACAACCUUUCAAACAAUUCUCAGAAUUAGUGGUGAAGGCCUACUUAGCUUGUCGACCUUAUGCGGAAGUGAUUAUACAACUGGUUCAACCUAUGCUUGAAUCUGGAUUACCAUGCUUUAAAGGGGAUACCAUUCGACGAAUGCGAACAAGGUUCCAAACUGACAAAUCUGAUCGUGUGGCUUCUGAUUUUAUGAUUCAACGUAUCAAGGAUUCAUUUGAAAAUCAAAGGACUGUACUUUAUGAUUAUUUCCAAAAAGUUACCAAUGGUAUUCCUUAUUGAUAAUGUUAGUUUAUUAUUUAAAAUUAGAAUAGAUUAUAAAAAAAUUUUUUUUGAACGUUGUGC